UGUGCUUCAGAGUUCAGCGCCGUACAAGAUGGCUGACACUUGUUAGUGGUGUAUAUUUUUAUUUCUCGUCAAUGUGCAUUUUGCAAGGAAUCUUCUUGCCUUCGCCUCGGCGUGCGUAGCGAGUGCGUUCGUGGAAGGGAGUCACCGUGCUGUCACCUUUUUUUCUGGACCCUUUUCUGCCAUGUUCCGUCGCGAUGUGCCGUGAAAGUGCGAGAGGCCCAGUAAUUACCCGUCACCAGCCAUGUUCAUGUGUGUUCUUUUGUUAUGACAAUUGUGGUGAUUUUCGCGUGUGAUUGUCGUAAAGUGCCAAGAGGAAGUGGAUUUUUACAGCAAUUCGCUAAACUCACUCAGCAAAAUCUGGCCAAGUUUUUCGAGCCGAAAACAAUAGGUUAAAUGAAAGGACUUCCGGACGUUCGGUAUCAACUGCGGAGGUGAGGUGAGGUUGGGACACGGAAGGGAUGAAUGGGACGGCGGCAUUGCGACGCAGUGUCGGUGGUGGUGGCGGGGGUGUCGCCGGUCAAGGUGGAGCUACCCCCGGCGACCUCCUACCCGUCACUACCCUCGUGAUCUACAAGGAUGAUGCUGGAUACGGGAUGAAAGUUUCUGGCGACAACCCGGUCUACGUUCAAUCCGUGAAAGAAGGCGGUGCUGCAGCCAGAGCUGGCCUUCAUGCCGAGGACAAAAUAAUCAAAGUCAACGGAGUCAACGUAAUGCAUUCAACACACACAGACGUCGUGGAUAUGAUAAAAUCCUCGACACAGGUGGUUUUGACAGUGCAGCAGAAACCAGUCAGAUCGUUAGCAGCAGGUUUGCCUGGCGGACUCACGGGGCAACAGCAGCAUCGUCCAGCGAGCCUCACGGCCGGCUCCACCAUGGUCUCACCCUCGCAACCCGCCACGUCCCUCCACAGGGCUGCCACAGCGCCUGCCGGAGGCGCACCCUGUACCGAUCGCAUCACCGGUCCUCAACCCGUCGAUCACGAGAAAAAACGGCAACUAGAGACUGAAAGAGUGCACACAAUCCAAUUAAUGUUAGAAAAGGAACAGAGCUACGUCGAGAUGCUGCGAAGCGAACUCGCCAAACUGGGAGCUGGAAACACCAACAGCAUCGCAUCAUUACAAACGGACUUAACCGGAGCCGAGAGGAGAGUCCGAGUUCUCCAGGAAAGACUUAAUUCCGUAUCGAACAACGACCAUCUUUGCUCGGUAACAAACACCUCCUCUUCCCCAGGCCAUCAUUUGCCCUCGAGUAGCGGUAGUGGUGAUGUGCCGCCACCCUUGCCUUCUCGAAAUUCUAUCCCCAUGCAAAGUCUCUCCCCACCCCCCUUACCACCCCGACCUCCACCCACUUCAAACACGCACAACACAGUCCAGCUGGAGCGACAACUGCUGUCACAAAUAACGCCUCCCACCACCAGUCAUGGCAUACCUAACUCUUUAUCACAAGGUGCGAAUCUGGGAUCCCCAAGUUCUCUUAAUAAACAUCAGCGAACAAAAUCGAGUCCUGAACAAUUGGGAACGACGAUGAUUUCACCAGCAGAAGCUAGCCGACGACUGAUAGCCUCAGAAUCAAUGAAAGAUCUUUCUCCUCCGAGACAUGGACGACAUAGUGGAAUCGACCUGGACGAUCCACCGCACAUCACACCACCAGGAACUCCACCACCACCUUAUCCAACUCCUAGUUCUAACAACUCCACGUCUUCCGGUUUGAAUGAUAGCGACAGUUUUUUGACGUCGCCACCGAAACAUAAUGCGAGUCUCGGGGAAAAUCCUGGUCUUCCACCUGUUCAAAAACCAAUUAUAUCUAUGGAAGAUGACGAUAUGAGUGAUCAAGAAGUGGGCCAAUUAGAGGACCACGGUCCUUUUAAAUAUCUUUCAAGAUUGUGGGGACAUCACGCACAUCUUGCAGUUUUUAUUAAUUACGUUUUGUCCACUAACGAUCUCUCCAGUCUGUUAUUUUACUUGAUAACGGAUCUGUACAAAGAAGGGAAUGCGAAGGAGAUGCGAAAAUGGGCAUACGAAAUACAUUCUAGUUUUCUAGUACCUGGCGCUCCUCUACGUCUAAACAAUGUGGAUGAGAAUGUUGCGCGAGAGAUAGACGACGUACUUUUAAAAGAGUCUGAUAAAGAAGAGAUUUUGCGAAAAAUCUUUUGGAAAGCAAGGGCUCGAGCAAAAGAGGAAUUAAACGAGCAGCUAGCCGAUUUUCAAGUGAAGAGAACCGCAGGACUGGGAACUUUGUUUGGACCCAACGAUUCUGAUCUCGAUGAAAGUAUGUCUGACAAACCUCGAGAAAUCAAAAUCAUAGAGAAGUUCCUUCUACCAAAAGUGGAGGCUUAUUUAGAGGACAUAGAGAAGGAAAAUGUCGAUCUCCGUCAGUUUCUGAUAGCAGCUGGUUUAGCAACAGUAUUGACAAAAAUAUUUCAAAUUCGGCCUGUGUCAAUUGAGCGGGUUCCGAUUUUCGUUGCCAAGGAUAAAACGAAUAUCAAAGCGCGUUUGCUCACUGGAAAAGCAAGAAAAAUGACAGUCCGAGGUCAUCACUUUAUAGCUCAUCAAUAUUUCACCGUCGAUUAUUGCAAUCACUGCCAAAACAUUAUUGGUGGAAUUGGACCUCAGGGAUAUCAAUGCAGCAAUUGCACUCUCAGUGUUCAUCGUCAAUGUGUUCGUGUCGUGGAAGAAAACUGUCCUGGUCCACUAGUUAGGAAGGAAAAGGGAAACGACCGUUUUAGCAAAAUUAUGGAAAGAAUUCGUCCCGAACGGAAACCUCCUUCUCACCAACCACAUCAUCAAAAUCAUAUGCACCUCAUUGAACGUAUCAAAAGGUCGGAAGAAGAAGGUGCCUUGACGGAUGGAGAAAAUGGAGAGCAUCGCGGAGGCGGCGCAACCGGAAGUACCCGCAGUAGCAGCGAAAGGGGACGCGUUUCCGCUUAUGGCGGAGGCAGUGAUCACGCUGAUAGCAUGGACGACCCUUCCUCGAGGGAGGACAUUUCCGAAAUGGUGCAGCAAAAUAUAUCCAGUAAGCCAAAGACGUCAAACAUAAACAGGUCUGAAAGUUACAAGGAGCGGAUACAUCAUAAGAGACAAGUACGGGAAAAGCGGAAAACCAGUGACCCAAAUCUCUCCAAAACAAAUGAUUGUGAGACAACUGGAGCUUUUCCUGGAAACUCAGCGGGUAGUUCUUCAAACAGUAGUUUAUCGACAAGAAGCUUAGACAGCCGAAGUACGAGUCUGGAACAGGUUCAUCCAGCUGCCUCGGCAUCAAAUUCAUCGACCUCCUGGGACAGUGAUGUCGACGUCGAGCCAGAUCCACCCGACUGGAGUCAAGGAGUUGCUGAAGAAGUCCUCGCUCGCCUCAGCAAUUCCGAGAAGAAGAGGCAAGAAGUCAUUAAUGAAUUAUUCCACACCGAACGAUCGCACGUGCGAGCGUUGAAAGUCCUUUCACAAGUCUUCCAUAAACCAAUGCUGGACUCCCAAGUACUUCCUCUAGACCAGAUACAGCUUUUGUUUUCGAAUUUGGAUGAAAUGGUAACAAUUCAUUCCAAUUUCAAUCAAGCAAUGAAAAGAAAGAAAAAGGAGAAUCCCUGUGUAGAAGAUGUAGGUGACCUUCUCUUAGAAAUGUUUGAUGGUGAACCUGGUGAGGUUUUUGAACAAGCCGCAUCGACCUACUGCGCGAAGCAGCAAGUCGCCCUCGAUGCCCUUCGAGAUCGUCGCCGAAAAGACCCUAAACUCAACACCUUCCUCAACGACGUCGAGGCAAAUCCCCUUUGUCGAAGACUUCAACUCAAAGACCACAUCCUCACCGGGAUGCUUAGGUUAACCAAAUAUCCUCUCCUCUUUGAAAACCUAGCCAAGUAUACUCCAGAGACAAACGAAAAGGAGAGAGCUGCCGUUCUCCGGAGUGUCGAACGUAGCAAAGAAAUCCUCAGUCGAGUGAAUCAAUCCGUCAAAGAAGCAGAGGACUACCAACGCCUCGUUGAAAUUCAACGUACUAUUGACAAAUCUGCAUUUGAGAAGUUCGUCGACAAUGCAACAGUUCAGGAAUUCAAGAAUCUCGAUUUCACGAAGAGGAGGCUAAUUUUCGAGGGUCCUUUGCAGUGGCGAAUUGUAAAUCGGGCGAAGCUUGUCGACCUGCAUGUUGUUCUACUUGACGACACGAUAUUCCUCCUGCAAAGGCAGGAUGAAAAAUACAUUUUAAAGUUCGUCAAUAAUCAACCCAACGCUGUAUUGAGUCCCAUUGUCAAGAUAUCGACGGUUCUCGUCAGGCACAACGCUGUUGAUCAUAAUUCCCUCUACCUCGUUAAUACUUCGCAGAAUGGAGCGCAGAUUUAUGAAUUAGUUGCUUCAUCACAAUCAGACAGAAAACUCUGGUUCAAACACAUUUCCGACACGGUGGAAGCUUAUAAAGCGAGGGAUAGGGAAGGAAGAAGGCCAUUGCCAUCGGCUUCGAUACCGCAGGAAACAACUCCCUUAACGGAAGAACCUUCUCCGACAGAAACCGAAGCAACUGGCGAAAAAUCGGAUCACGAGAAGGAAGCGAAGGAAUCUGCUGAUGAUUCGACGCUUGCGGAUCUUGAUGAAGAAGAAGAAACUCCGGAUGCGCCUGAAACUCCGGCACCAAGCGAGAAACCUCGGCAACCUCAAGUGUCUGAGGCACAAACGCCAGGUUUCCGAGAACCAUUGAGAGUGGUUACAUGUACACAAUGUUCACUUAUAGAACCUGAUGAAGUUCACGUUGAAGAGACGACCGUUCAUUAUGCCGAAGCUGUUCUGACACCGAUUGAACAUUUAAGGCGCAAGGAUGAAGCGAUCAAACAAGCUCUAACCGAAAAGCAAGCUUUGGUUGCCGACAUCUUAAACUUGUCUCUAGAAGACUUUGAGCAUGUCGCUGACAUUGCGUCAGAGCCUUCCGAAAUCGAGAAAGAACCUGCUGAGUUGAUACUGGCUGCUAUUAACCAAGCAAACCAAUUAGUCGGAAUUUUAAAUUCCUCUUUGACUGUCAGCGAGUCAGAUAUUGUUCUUGCUUCGAGAGGAUCAUCAUCGACACUUGCAAGUUGCGAAUCAGCGGGUUGUCCUGCACCUCGUGUUCAUCCUCAGCCUCAACCAACAGUACCGGUCUCAGUCUUGCAACCAAUUUGUAAUACAUUAAACACCCAGCUUUCAGAGCUUCUUAGAAUUGUAAAAGAGAGAGAAGAGGAACGAGAGCGACUUUGGAAGGAAUUGCGACAAAGUAGGGAAAAACUUCACGCCAUCGACGCCGACGCACAACGACGAGAGACAGCAGAAACAUUCACAGCUAGUAUUUACACGCAAACAGAACUUGAUGAACAAUCAAACAGUGAAAGCUGCAGCGAGGCGACUAACAAAGACGAAGUUGUCAAUGCGGAGAGCGAACCGGAAGUUGAAACAGAAGAGGCAGAGGAGAAAGUAAUAGCAGUCACUGAAGUGAUGGGCGACAGCGUGGGUUGAUAGCUCACAAGAACCUCGGCGAAUUUUUCGAAAAUUUGGUGCAUUUCAUAAAAGCGAGUCCGAGCAGUGGGUGCUCGUACUAGAGGAAAUCAAAAAAUUAUGUAAAAAAUGACAGAUGGCUAGUAGCUGUUUAUCGAAUGUAACAGUGUUAGAUAUCUAUUAAAGAUCACUGGGUCUAAGCUUAAUCACUUCACCAAAGAUUUUAUGUAAAUGGAUUCUUUCGGUGUGUAGUAGUCGAUUCGGUGUCUAAAAGUCAGCGAAUUCGUUCCUACAGUGCUGAGUGCUUAUGCUAUGCAAUUACGGCAAAACAAUUAGAUUUGCAUGAAUCGUAAUUUGUAUGUAUAGUCAAUUUAAUUUCUUACUCGAUAUUUGACGACUUUUCUAUCAAACUCGAUACAGUGUUCCGCUUAGGACGUACUGUCCACCCAAAACCCGAUUCUUGUAUUUUGUACGCCACUUUUAAAGUCUCGAAGUCCCUUUUAGUAAGGAAGAGUAUUUUCUAGAAACAGAAGUCUUUUUCGGAGGCUCCAGUCUUUUUUUUUCUUUGAAUACACCGCGAAAGAAUAAUUGAAUAAUGAAUUGUCGCAGAAUUGUUAUUAAUUGAUCAAAUUAUCACGAUUUGAAAAAGAAGAAAAUAUCGCAGUGUCGAUUUUUCCUCGCGGAAAACAAUAUAAACACCCCAUUUUUUUUUUUUUUAAUUUCGAGGGUAUUUUACCCACGGACUUGUGCCGAGCCUGAUUUAUAAGCAGAAUGCUCCGCGGCAUUGAAACGCUAAUCAUGAUCGAGAUAUAUUGAUAAAUAUAGUCUUUUUUGUUCUUGUUAUACAUUAUUAUACAAAGUGCAUGUGGCAAUUAAAUCAUUUUUUAAACGAAACAUACUUCAAGUGCCUGUUUUUUACAAAAAGCAAUAUUUUAGGAUAGUCAUUGUACUCGAAGCUAUACGUAUCAUCGAAGGUUUAAAUGGGAAAGUGUAUUCUCUUUUCACGUCGUAAUGUGAAACAAUUGAAACUAUAUUAAUUAUACGUAACGUUUCUAAAACGAUUUUACGAGUAGUUCUUUUUAAGUGGAAACAAGGUUUUGUUAAUAAUUUACACGAGAAAGUUCAUAAUCGGAUGUUUGAUAUAAAUUAAAUUUCCCGUUGGUGCUAUUUUUACUUGAAUAAGCAAUGCAAAGUUCCUCUUUAAAAAGAUCGCGCGAGCAAUUCCAACUUCUUAGGGAUUAAGGAACGAGCGAGAGACCAAAAAUAAUUUUUUGAAAUUGAAUUUUCCUACUGAUGAGAGUCUUUUGAAACUAUGUACGUAUCAUCACGUAAAAGUAAAAAGUAGCUAAGCGUAAUGAAAUGUUGGCAUUUGGAACGUCUCUCGAUUUAAAGUCCAGUGCGGACGUGUCCACGUGAGUUGGUAGCGAGCACAGAGUUCGAAAGUAUUCUAACGAUAAGUAUAGUUGAUUGCCAGAGGCAUUCACUAUAGGAUAAUGCAGCUAACAUUGCAACUAGGCUACUAGAGUAUUCGUAGGGGGAAAUUGUUGUCCUAAGAACGGCAAAUAAAAAUAGCUGUUCUCUCACAGACAGCCGAGCAAAAGACUUGUCUACUUACAUAAAAUCUUUGUGACUGUUAGAUACUAAUAUCAUACCUAAUAUUGAACUUCAAAUGGUUAUUAUAAAUAGAAUACUAUGUAAAUGUAUAAAAUAUUUAAUAACAUUAUUAGUUAC